GGUUGGCCCAAUGAAAGCACGCCUGAGUGGACGGACGCUCAUCCAUCCAACAGCAGCAGCUUUUGUCCUAUCUGCUGCUCAUCCUCUUUUCUCCACAUUGGCACCAUGUCCAUAGCCAAGUUCCAGGCGGAGUGGCAAGAAAUCGACGAGGAACAUCAACAAUUGCAGGAAACUCACAAACUGUACAGGCAAAAAUUGGAGGAGCUGACCAAUCUUCAAACCACAUGCAGCAGCGCCAUUGGGAAACAAAGGAAACGUCUGAAUGAGCUCCACUGCAGCUUAACCAAAUGCUUGCAAGGCUGCGACGACAAACAGACGCAAGUGAUUGCCGACAUCCAAUGCCAAAUCAAAGAGAAAGAAAAUGUCUUCUUUGACAUGGAAGCAUAUUUACCAAAGAAAAAUGGACUGUACCUGAACUUGGUCCUGGGCAACGUGAACGUGACGCUCCUCAGCAACCAGGCCAAGUUCGCCUACAAGGACGAGUAUGAAAAGUUCAAGCUGUACAUGACCAUCAUCCUCAUGUUCGGGGCCAUCACGUGCCUCUUCCUCCUCAACUAUCGUGUCACAGAUGAAAUUUUCAACUUUUUGCUGGUGUGGUACUAUUGCACGUUGACAAUACGAGAAAGCAUCCUCAUGAGCAACGGGUCCAGGAUUAAAGGCUGGUGGGUGUCUCAUCAUUACGUGUCCACCUUCCUGUCCGGCGUGAUGCUCACCUGGCCGGAGGGUCCCACGUAUCAGAGGUUCCGAAGUCAGUUCCUGGCUUUCUCCAUCUAUCAGAGUUUUGUGCAGUUCCUCCAGUACUACUACCAAAGUGGCUGCUUGUACAGACUGCGGGCUUUGGGGGAGAGGAAUCAGCUGGACCUCACCGUGGAGGGAUUUCAGUCGUGGAUGUGGAGAGGCCUCACUUUCCUUUUGCCCUUCCUUUUUUUCGGACACUUUUGGCAGCUGUAUAAUUGCGUGAGCUUGUUUCGCUUGGCGGGACACGACGAUUGCAAGGAGUGGCAGGUGUUCAUGUUGGCUCUUACGUUCCUGGUCCUGUUCCUGGGUAACUUCCUGACCACGUUAAAAGUAGUCCAGCAAAAAGUGCACAACAAGCAGGACAGUGUCAAAAAAAGCAACUGAGACAUUGCGCACAAUUGGAUUUUUUGGGGGUUGUUUUUUUUUUUUGCUCUUCUGGGGAAGUCGAUCGACUCAAGGCCGGCCGGAUUUAGCACGCGGGCGUACUGUGGAUUUUCUCGCUCUUUCUCUCAGGUGCGUUGGAGUCCCGGCCCCUGGCCGACCGACAUCCUCCUCGCUGCUCCGUGGCGUGCAUACCAAGCACACGCUUGACUGUUUGUUGUGCACUAAUGGACAUAUGCAAGGAGCAGACGGACCCCAACUUUGUCACGUCCACUCAUUGUGCGCCUUUCCUGUAGCCUCCGCACCCAGACCGAGAUGUGUCUCCCUCCAGGGCGUACGUACGGUGAACCCCCACAUAUUUUUUUGGUGAAGGUCCCAAUCCUACAGAAAAUUCAAUGUCACUUUAUUACAUGAAACCUUUUACCUUCCUAACUUAAGUUUGAUGGAAUAAUGUGAUCGUCGUGUUUGUAUUCUUUUGAACCUAUCGGGAUGAGCAGAAAUGAACGAAGGUAGCUUCAUUUCUAUUGAAGUAGCGCUCCCGUGCUAACUUGUGACAGUGAUUGGUAUUUUUCCAUUUUUUUCCGGGAUUUUCCUUCGUAUGUUUUGGGGGUUUGCUGUACUCCACUAAAGGUUUCUCUCGCUCCAAGUCAUUUCAACAAACCGCACAGCGUUUAUGUUGUCGGCACGAUGGAUGUGUUUGUUUGAAUUGUGUCAAGGGGUCACCACUUGAAGGCAUCAUUGUGAUGAUGUCAUGUUGCACAUUUGAUUUUCUUUCCCUUGAGACGGACGGCAGCGCUCUGAAACGCCGUCACGUACGGACACGCACGACAAGGAAGGGACUGGACUCUUUGCCCUAAUUACGCGCAGCAAAUUAAAUCUUUCUAACUUGA